AUGCUCGGCCUCUUAUCAUCACUCUCAACCACAACCACCUCGAGCGAGAUCGGAGAUUUCCUCGAUCAAGUCUACAGUCACUCCAACUUCCCAUCAGAGCCGCCCACCAGCACUGCCGAGCCGGUCGAUCUACUAGCCUGUCCAGGCUGCAAUCAACGCCCCUUCGUCACCCUGACCUAUGCUCAAUCACUCGAUGGCAAGAUCGCCGGCGCUGAUGGCCAACAGUUAAGACUGAGCGGGAACCAGUCAAUGAAGAUGACACAUCUUCUACGCGCCCGACAUGAUGGAAUAAUGGUUGGAAUCGGAACCGUACUGAACGAUGACCCACAGCUAAAUGUCCGUAAUAUCUCUCUUACCGUCCCACUUGCCAAGCAACCACAACCGAUCGUCUUGGAUACCGCUCUCAGGACCCCCGCGGAUUGUAAAUUGAUCAAAAACUACAAAAAUCAAACCGGGAAACAACCCUGGCUGAUAUGCGCUAGAAGCGCAAUGUCUUUGCAGAGACGUCAGGAAUUGGAAGCUGCGGGUGCUCGCGUGAUACCUAUCACAAACGGAAUGAAUGCAUCCAAAGAAGGAUUAGAUUUAGAGAAAGUUUUAGAAGUCUGUAAAUUGAAUGGGAUCAAUCGAUUGAUGAUCGAAGGAGGAGCCGCGAUAAUCUCCUCGAUCCUCAACCAAGUCUCAGAUAAUCCGAUCCUCAAUAUCUUAAUCGUCACUGUUUCCCCAUACAUGGUCGGGGAGGGAAUCGGGAUCAAAAGCUCCAAUAUUGACUCCCUUUCAUUACUUCGUCAUCUGGAGACAAAGAUCAUGGGCUUGGAUGCAGUAUUUGCUUAUACAACCACCUCAGCCACCGAUGGAUAA